AUGGGCGCCGUGGCGGAGUGCGACAGGAUCAGGGGCCCGUGGAGCCCCGAGGAGGACGACGCGCUGCGGCGGCUGGUGGAGAGGCACGGCGCGCGCAACUGGACGGCGAUCGGGCGCGAGAUCCCGGGGCGGUCGGGCAAGUCGUGCCGCCUGCGGUGGUGCAACCAGCUGUCGCCGCAGGUGGAGCGCCGGCCCUUCACGCCCGAGGAGGACGCCGCCAUCGUCCGCGCCCACGCGCAGCUCGGCAACCGCUGGGCCGCCAUCGCGCGCCUCCUCCCCGGCCGCACCGAUAACGCCGUCAAGAACCACUGGAACUGCUCCCUCAAGCGCAAGCUCGCCGCCGCCGCCGUGUCCGGGUCGGGAGUGGUCUCCGCUGCCGCCGCCGCCCCCGAGAUCGAGGCGGCGCGCCCGAGCAAGCGCGUCAGCCUCUCGCCCGACAGCCCGUCGGGGUCCGGGUCGGGGUCGGGUUCGAGGUCCGACCGUAGCGAUCUCAGCCACGGCUCCGGGUCCGGGCAGAUUUACCGCCCGGUGGCGCGGUCCGGCGGGUUCGAGCCGGCGGACUGCGCGAUGAGCCGUCCGCGGGUGGACGACGACCCGCUCACCUCCCUCAGCCUCUCGCUCCCGGGCACGGACCACCAGCGGUUCCACCACGACCGCGCCCACAGCCAGUUCCAGGAGCUCCCGGCGUCGCCGCCCUCGCCCUCCCCGCCGCCUCCUCCUCCGGCGGCGGCGGCGGCACCACCCGCGCCCUCGGCGUACCCGUUCAGCCCCGAGUUCAUGGAGGCGAUGCAGGAGCUGAUCCGCACGGAGGUGCAGCGGUACAUGUCGAGCGUGGGCGUGCGCGCCGGGUGCGGCGCCGCGGGCGGCGCCGACCUCUGCAUGCCGCAGCUGGUGGAGGGCGUCAUGCGCGCCGCCGCCGAGCGAGUCGGCCGGAUGCAGUAG